AUGGAAACUCUGAGGAAGCUGGAGAGGGUGCAGGGGAUGCUGUCAUUCAUGCAGGCUAGAGGAAUCUCAUCGGGCCAAUCAAACUCCGACCGUUUCCUCGCGGAGUUCCUCCUCUUCUUGGUAGAGUAUCCAUCGCCCUCAUUCCCUGUUUCUUCCCUCACUUGGUCAACCGAGUUGUCUGGCGUUUCAUUAUUUCCGUAUGACUCCCGUGGAUAUUCUGAGAGGUUGAAUUAGACCGUCGAGUUUGCCGGCUUGGAGGUCCAAUUCCCCGUGGUCAGCGCGUUUCACUCAUGAAGAAUCAUUCCAUGCAUUUUCUGUGUGUGUAUUUUUGUGGUUACAAUCUGAGGGGAGAAUGCUCUAGGAGAUCAAUGGUUAAAGUAUAUUUGUGUUUUUGUUGCUUCUCAGAUCAUUUUCUCUCAAACGCAGAUAUGUCUUGCUGAUCCUUGUGUGGGGUAAAAACCAUUAUGUAGUGUCUGUGUCAAUACUGGGGUUGGAAAGCGAUGAAUGCUGUAUAGUGCUUAAGAAGAAGUAAGAAGACAUGGCUGGAAGGCUCAUAAUGACUCAAAAGUCCAUUUGGGAUCUGGUAUUCAAUGUUAAAGUAGAUUAGAAAGGGCAUCCAACUCUUAUUUUUUCUUUUGCCAAUAUUAUUUUCUGGUAUAUUUUUUUUUGAACUGUAUUAAUAUAUUUUGCUUGAAUGUUGGAGAUCUUAGAGUACUCUCGUGUAAUUUCCAAAACAUCAUAUGAGAUGAAUACUCAAAAAAUAAAUAUUCCAUUGUUACGUCUCUCAGUCAAUAAUUAAUUCGCUGUUGUAUCAUCAUGGAAUGUUGUAGUUACAAGUGAAAAGUAUAUGUUGGCAUUAUUUGAUUAAGGUUCCACGUUGUCAGAUAAUCUGGUGAAGGGGAACUUUUCUAAUUAAAAAUUGCAGAUACCACAUUCCUUUAUGUUGUGAACUAUGACAGUAUCGAGAAUUGGAUAAAAUUGGUUAUCAAUCAAAGGAUAUUUGGAGGGGAAAUCUUACGCUGACACAUUUAAAUCUGGAGGAAUGUUUGGUUUUCCCAUGUCACCCAAAGCUUCUAAUGAAAGAAAGGUUUUAUGCCCUAUUUAAAAUUAGUCUGUCAUUCAUUUUCUAAUGCAUUACCAACUUAAUGCUAGUAACUGAACAUAUAAGCAGCUCAGGACAAACUAAGUACUUACUGUGUAUAAAUUGAAUCAAUGCAUCAUCAUAAUAUGCCUCAUUUGAGGGAUUAGUGUGACACAUUCCAGGAAACAUAAUCACGUAAAAUUUAUAUUUUUAUGUUAGGGGCCUCACUUUGGAGAAUCCCCACCAUCAUGAGGAAGGUAAACGGAAAUAGAAAGUUAUAACCUUAAAUCACAUUCUUAAUGGCAACUUGCAUUUCAAUAUAGAAAAGUUCUAACUUUUUUGUGUUUAUCUUUUUUAUCAAUUGAUGAUUUUGAUACAUUAUAUUGAAUCUGAAAAUAAAAGGUAUUCUAGUACCAUGUAACAGUAUUCCAAACUCCCCUAAUAUCCUAGAUAUCUGAAGGGAAAUAAUGAAAUCGUUUUUUUCUAAAUUGUGAUCUUGUGGAUUAAUUUACAGAACGUUUGUAUUUGUGCAAAAAGUCCAAAUUAUGUUCAAUCAAAAUAGUCAUCAAAAUGUUUUCUAUGAUUCUGUGAAUUGGUAUGAUUGGUAUCAUGCACAAUUUUAUUUUGAAUGCUAUAGAUCAUACAAUGGGUGUUUCAAAAAAUCUUCACAACAUUUCUGAAUAAUGAACCUGUUUUGAUUGUUAUCUAUUUAUAUGCAUUCAUAAGCUCAUGUUGUGGCAUUAAAGCACAUGACAGUUCUUUCACUUAGAGUUUUUCAAGAUCUUGAAGAUUUGUAUGUUCAUGGCUCCUGUAGAGUUUUUGCAUGUAGAAGGCUGUUGGAUGUCAGGUGGAUAGAUGCAAAUACAUUUUUUUUGUAAAUCCGGGUCUUUCUGAUUUGUACUGUAGGAUUUUUGGUCUUUCGGUAUGAGUAUUCAAGUAAACAUGUAAUAUUUUUUUUCCAUCACUGGUGAUGUAUAGAUAUUAAUUAUGUGUCUAAGUGUAUAGCAAUGUGGUCUGCAGAGUUGAGCAUGACCAGUUGGGUUGGGAACAAAUGCCAUUGUACUGCAGAAUAGUGAUUGUGCAGGGUUUGAUUGCCGACUCCACAAUGGAAAUUAAGCAUUUUAUGAUUUCAUUAUGCUUGAACCAUAAUAAUAGUUGGUCCUGAAAAAGUUCAAGUUUAAUGGCAUUGAAGACAUAAAUCAUAUGAUACUUGUUCAUUCUUGUUUUCCAGUUUUUUUCUCAGUUAAUAGCUUGUCUUGUUCAUUUUUAUAAAUUUUCUAAAUAAUUUCGUUCUGCAAAGUUGCCUUUUGCUGAUGGCUCUGACAAAGUUGCUUCUCCCCUCGUUCUUCAAUGUUGCUUUUAGCUGAUGGCUCUGACAAUGUUGCCUUAAAUCCACAGGGCACGAAAUGUGAAAUAGUGGAAGAAUAAAAAUCGAGCCUUGAAUCCACAAGGCACGGAUUCCCCUAAUCCUGGAAUCCACAAUGAUUGAUUUGCAUGAUCCUUGGAUCCACAAGGAUCAGAAAAAACGGCUCUUGAAUCCACAAAUUUUCUUGAAUCCACAAGCACUCAGAAAAAUCACAAAGAGAACGAAAAUUUGUAUUAUUCAUGUCCUCUGAUGUUAUAGCAUGCUAGCCUUUAGAUAUGCCAAAAAUCAGUAGUAAGUCUCCUGGAAAAUUAGAUCAGUUACGAAAAGCAAAUUAAAAAGACUCAACUGCAAGAAAAAUUCUAAAACUGAAAACUGAUGGAUUAUUGACGUGAUUGUUUUAUGACUUAAUCUCAUUUUGAGCCUUUCCAUCCUUGUAACUCACCUUUCACGUUAACAGGUCAUGUGGGUCAAUUCUUUUGCUUUCCUCAUUUUUUUGAGUGAUGUCCUGUAUCAGAAACCAUGGACCGUCUUUGAUCAACUUGAUGGAUAUCUAUGGUAUUGCUGAAUUUUGUCCACAAAAUGACCACAUUUGAUUUUUCCACUCAUUUAUCAAAAUUGUCUGUCAUCGUAUUGACUUCUGUAUUUCUGAGUUCAAUCAUCUACAACUGUUUGACUUGAACUAUGAAAAUGAUCAAUUUACCAUGUGCCUUUGAUGAUGAUGCCCACAUUGGGUUUGUAAUAUUCUUGGUGGUUAUCUGCACAGUUUAAUGAGAUAAUUCAAUUUUCUUAAUUAAUUUUGCAAUUAAAACCUCUAUUUUCUUUGGUUAUAAUUUGGGUAUGCUUUAUUAUCCUGCAGAUACAACCACGCUCUAUAAACUUAGAGAAAGCAUGUCAUCUGGUUAAUGAGCAUCUGGCAAAGGUGAGUGUGAGAAUUAUUUUGUUUCCAUAAGUCUUUUCACUAAUGGAUUGAAAAGUGUUUGACAUUGCUCACAUGAUAGAUUUCUGCUGUACUUUCGAUGGAGGCACCUGUAAAUCUAGCUGAAGAAGGUAAAUAUAAUUAAAGGCACCUGUAAAUUUGUUUUUACCUACAGCCUUCCUGGGCCAUGGUUGUGCUUCACAUAUUUGGGCUGGUUAUGCAGUGUGGAAAUUAAAUUUUUGGCAUUCUUAAUUAGAAUUCUGUUCUAGUUUGUUGAUAAUAAGAAGCCUGAAUUUUUCUGAAAAAGUGCAUGAUUGAUGACAUGUGUUGUCGAGAUGUUACAUGUUUACAGGUAUGUCCUCUAGUAUCUUUCAGUUUUUGUGUCUACAUCAAUAUGUUUAGAACCUUCUACGGAUCUGGUAUAAAUAUUGGAUCCCAAUCUCCUUUUAAUAAGUUUUCUUGAUCAAUAAAGUUUUUAUUCUUCUUUCAUGAGUGGUGGGCAUCUAUCAGAGCUCCAGACCGUGUGUUAUCUCGACUACAUGGUAUCAGAGCCAUUCUAGGGUUUUGAACCCUAUUUUUCUAGCACUAUCACAAGUUGACGUUGCUUUGUCAACAUUCUCUCCAUCGUCUGCUGGAGUCACUGGUGCUGUACACUUCCGGCAAGGGAUCUUCUCCCUCGCUGUGUCUCUUCUAGAGCGAAUCCAGGCAUGAUCGCUCCGUUUUUGCUUCCGCACUGAUCUACUCAUCUGUUACAGUUCUUGCACCGUUUUUCCUUGUCUCUAUUGAGGUUUGUUCACGAAAGUUGAUAUUUUCGUGAAUUUAGACAUUUUCUUUAAAUGGAGAAUGUGAGAGACAAUUCUUCAUUAUCUUUGGGGGAUCCAGCCUCCACAAGGGAAGUUAAUCUUGGUCCAAGUGGCCCAAGAUUACUUGUAGAACGUUCUAAAAUGCCUGCAGAGUUCAAAUUAAUUGUAUACAAUUUAAUUCAAUGGUCAGAAUAUGUUCGAGAGGUCUUGACCAGAAGAGGGAUGUUACAUCAUUUGAUUGAGGGAAAACUAGAUCCAUUGUCUCGUGAAUUUCGUAGAUGGAAAGAAGACGAUGCAUUAAUCAAAACUUGGCUUUGGGGAACAAUGAUUCCCCAAAUUACUCGAGAUUUUUUCUUCCUAUCUACAGUCAAAAAUUUGUGGGAAAUAAUUCACACGAAAAGUGACUAAUGCAGAUGGAUCUUUCCUAAUCAUCGCAGGUAUAGGAGACAUUAAACUUGAACCUCUUAGGGUUCUUACUAAUGUCCUACAUGUCUCCAAGUUAUUUACAAAACUUAUUUCAGUUAAGAAACUUGUUAGAGACACCUUAUUGUGUCUUUUUUGAUGAAGAUAUCUAUGUCAUAUUUGGUAAGGUACAUCAUCGGAGGAUUGGAGUUGCUAGAGAGUGUGAAGGUCUUUAUCUUCUAGAAAGACUAAGCCAAACAUAUCUAGUGGAAGCAGAUCAAUCUUUAGAACCUCUAGGAGAUGUUCUUAAGAUAUGACUACUUUACCAAUGGAUGGGUCAUCUAUUAGCACUUUGAAAAUAGCUUUUUCCACUUUGUUUCGAAGGGUGUCCUUAGACACUCUUAAAUAUAAUGUGUGUGAACUUUUUAAACACAGAUGUACUUCAUUUCAAUCUCAAAAGGAAUGGAGUGAUGUUCCUUUCUUCCUAAUUCGUAGUGACAUUUGGGGACCAUCCUCCAUUAAUGAAAUUCGUGGUAAUAAUUGAUUUGUCACUUUCACUGAUGAUUGUACAAGAUGUAUGUGUCUUCCUUCUCAAACAAAAGAUCUGAUGUGCAUGAUGUUCUGAAUUUUUUUUGUGCCAUGAAAAAAAUCAGUCAUACAUAAAUCUUCUUGUGUCUGUACUCCAUAGUAAAAUGGUUUAGUUAAAAGAAAAAAACUGGCAUCUUUUAGAAGUCACUCGAUCAAUUUUAUUUCAACAUCACGUAACUAAAGUUUUUUGGGGUGAAGUUGUUCUAACAGUCACAUACCUCAUCAACUGAUUGUCAUCUAGAACCUUAGGCUUCCACAGCUUGUUAGAUUCAUUAUUCAAUUUUUUUCCAGACCAACUUAAAACUAGGCUAGAACUUAAGACAUUUGGUUGUCUCUUUUAUUCAUGUUCAUAAUCAAACCAAAGGCAAACUAGAACCAAUAUCACUUAAAUUUGUAUUUCUUGGUUAUGGUACCAAUCAAAAGGAGUACAAAUGUUACCACCCUCCUUCUAUAAUUUUUUUAAUUUCAUUAGAGAUGUUACAUUUCAUGAAUUUGAUUCUUAUUUUAAAGAAUCUCCAUCCAGUGAUCAACAUCUACUUUCUACAGCUCAUAUGGAUCAACAGGUAGAUUAUUCACUCUUGUCUUCAGCUGGUAACUUAUUUAUUCCCAUUUCAGUCCCUGAAAUACUCAGGUCGUAUAUUGAAUCUACUUCUUGAAAACCUAAGGUUUGGCAAGGUUUAUUCUAGGCGAGGUAAAAUUCACGACUCACCAAAAAUCCAAGAUUCUGAUCUGGCCUUAGAAAAUAUAUAGCCAUUAACAUCUCACUCAUCUGAUGAUCUUGCAGUCCUACCUCAGUAUUCACUUUCCAUUGCCCUUGUACCCAACUGCCAAUUUUCUAUCUUAUCACAGACUUUCUCCACCCUAUCAAUCAUUUCUUGUAUCCUUAGACAUCACUAUCAUUCCAAAAAACUCUUCGAGGCUCUAUCCAAUCUUGAGUGGAAACAUGCCAUUGAUGAUGAGAUGAGAGCUCUUGCAAAAAAUCAGACAUGGGACCUUGUAGAAUUACCACGAGAAAAGAAAACUGUUGGUUGCAAAUAGGUGUACGCGGUGAAAUAUAAAUCGGAUGGUUCGAUUGAGAGGUAUAAAACCUGGCUGGUGGCUAAGGGUUGUACACUAAAUUUAUAGAAUAGAUUAUCAAGAGACUUUUCCACCAGUGGCCAAAAUGAAUAUAGUUCGUUUUUUACUAUCCUUGGCAGCGAUUUUCAGUUGGAAUAUUCAACAGUUUGAUGUUAAAAAUGUAUUCUUUCAUAGUGAUUUGGUUGAAGAGGUCUACAUGACUCUUCCACCAGGAUGUGAGGGUAAUCAUCCAUCCAAUCUUGUUUGCAAGCUAAAGAAAUCCCUUUAUGGACUCAAACAAUUCCCAUGUGCAUCGUUUGGAAGGUUUAGAGUAGUCAUGAAAAAAAUUGAGUUAUACCUAAAGUAAUUCUGAUCACACAUUGUUUUUUAAACACUCUUCUUCAGGGGGAGUUAUGGUUCUAUUGAUUUAUGUUGAUGAUAUUAUUAUCACAGGAAAUGAUGAAGGGGAGAUCCAUAACUUGAGCAAUUGUUUGGCCCAAGAGUUUGAUGUCAAGACUUUGGGAUGACUCAAGUAUUUUUUAGGAAUUGAAGGGUCAUAUUCUUCUAAAGGCAUUUUUAUUUCUCAACAGAAGUAUAUGACAGAUUUGUUAGUUGAAAUAGAUAAAUCUACAUGUAAACCAGCCAAUACACGUCUUGAUCCAAACCAGAAAUUGUGAAUGGUAAAUGAAGAAAUUUCUGUUGAUCGUGAGAUGUAUCAACGUCUCAUUGGCCUAUGGCUUUAUCUAACACUCAACCAAGUAUCUCAAAUGCAGUGAGUAUAUUGAUUCAAUUUAUACAUCAACCUAAAGAGUCUCAAUUGUAUGCUGCCUACCGAAUGCUACAUUAUUUGGAAGGCACAUCGGCAAAGGGGUUCUCUUUAAACGAAAUGGAAAUGUAGAGGUUGAGAUGUUUACAGAUGCUGACUGUGUAAUGAUUGAUCGAAGGUCAACCUCUGGUCAUCUUACUUUUGUUGGUGACAACCUCAUCACCUGGAGGAGUAAAAAGCAGAAUGUAGUUGAUCGAUCAAAUGCUGAGACUGAACUCAGGCCACUUGCCCAAGAAAUAUUUGAGUUAUUUUGGGUCAAGAAUUUACUUGACGAGAUACAAAUUCCUUUAUUUAGUCCUAUGAAGAUUUAUUGCGACAAUAAGCCAGCAAUCAAUCUAGUGCACAACCCAGUACAGCAUGACCAUACCAAACAUGUGGAGAUUGAUUGCCAUUUCAUCAAAGAAAAACUUGAGGCCGAUGUGAUUUGUAUAUCAUACAUUUCAACAAAUAAUCACUUUGCAGACAUGCUUACUAAAGCAUCUCAGGUACACAACUGCAGAAGAUUAUUCUCAAGUUGGGAAUGGAUGACAUCUACUCACCAACUUGAGGGGGAGUGUUGUUGAGAUGUACUAAAUAACCUGCAUACCUUACAUAUUUACAGAUAUGUCCUCUUGUAUCUUUCAUUUUUUAUGUACAUCAGUAUGUCUACAACCUUCUAGCGAUCUGGUAUAAAUACUGGAUCCUACUCUCCUUGUAAUAAGUUUUCUUGAUCAAUAAAGUUUUCGUUCUUCUUUCACGAGUGCUGGGCAUCUAUCAGAGCUCCAGACCGUGUAUUAUCUCGACUACAACAUGUUAAAAGGUUUUAAAUAGUAUUCUUUUGUCCAACCUCAAACUUUUUUUUAGUUGUUAUUAGCAAAUUUCAUGUUCUAGGGGAGUCCUCUGAUGAACGUUGUUAAAUAGAAAUUCGCCUUACUGUGUUUCUAAGAUAACUCAAUUUUCAUGUUAUAAUUUAGAUUAUUACAUUUGAUAUAUAAUUCAUUUAUUCAGAUAAUAAAUCUUAGGAAUGGUGCUUCUCAGUUUUCUUGCUUGUUUUCUCCUUCUCGCAGUUUAUGAGGAAAAUUGUGCUGAAUUUCCUGCUGAGAUUGGUGCUGUAAAGGAAGGGGAACUUAACUCACCGAAUAUUGAUGAAGGGUUCCCCUUGAUAGGUCUUCACGCCAUGCAGAGGGCAAAUUCUACUCUUGAGGAUUUUGUUAGUACUUAUGCUCUUUAAUAAUGAAUACUCAAGAGUGGUGAAGAUCAGAUUCUAAUGAUCGAUGAAAAAUACAGUGAUGCAACUAACCAUAAUAAUAAUUUUGGACAUUUUUUCUAUGCAACUUGGACAUAAUCUACACACUUAAUUUUCUCAUAAACCGGUUUUCAGUGGAUAAGAUAGAUGGAUGCUGGCAUUUAGAAGAUAUGAUUCUAAUUAAAACAGUCAAAAAUACAGUGGGUCUAAUGGGAUCUCAUGAGGGUAAUCAAGAUGAAAUAUGUGGAGACAUGAAGUUCAUUCUGAUGGCUGUGGGAUUGUUGUACAUAUAAUGUAUGCAUCUGCCUUUUAUGAGUAAUUCCAUUCUCUGAUUAAAAUAAAUGCUCCAACGGUCUGCACGUUUUUAUUAUUCUGUCUUUCAUUUUGUUCUCUUCGUUGAUCGCUUCUCACAGCACAAGUCAUUGAAAUGCAUCAUUUUUUAUUUUGGGAUAUAAUAUUUCGUGGAACUUAUGUCAAUGCUUGCCAAAGACUUGUUAUCAAUAAAUUCUUGUAUCUGAGUGUCACAUUCUUCAUAUGCGAUUUUGAAUACAAGAAACUUAGAUAUUUGACGUUUACAUGCUUGGGCUACAUUAGUUGUUGUGGCUUAUGCUGGGGAAAUCAUGAAAAUAUCAACGUGAUAGGGUGAGUGUAAUUACUUAUUAGAGCUCUCUGAUUGUUCAGUAGAGGUGCAUCUUUUUUAUUGUCGUCUGAAAGUGAGGUGGUUAAAAGGAGCAUAUUCUUCCAUGAUUCAAUCAUUGGAAUGGAAUUUUGUUUGUUAUCGUUUAUAUAUGCUUUUGUUACAUUUAAGAGUAAAUCCAGACUCAACAUUAUCGUUGGAGUUUUUUAGUUUAAUUGAAAUCAUAAUUCUGCUCUAGUUUAGCAAUAUGUGAUUAACUUACCACCUUAGGGAUUAGCAAACACAUCUGAAAAUAAUUCAUUUUUUUUGUUAAAAAUAGAUUCCUGUUCUGUUAAAUAUUUCUUAACCUCAAAUCAACAAGAACGAGUUUCAGUCCAAUAACUUAUUUCAUCAAAAUAUAGUGCAGAUCUUACUUCAUGUUUCAUGGUAUGGAGGCCGAAGACCCCCAUUCAAUAUUCAGGUUUCUUCCAGUUCUGUCCUUCACAGAAAGCUACAUUUAUCAGGUGCUAAUGUUUACAGUUAUUCAAAUGAUAUUUGUUACACAUAUCUGAUGGUAGUCUCAUCUUUUUACUCACAUUUCUCUGACAUUCUUGCAAAUAGCUGGACAUUAUCAAUGAAAAAAGUUUGUGCUUGUCAGUGGACGAAGAGAACAGAUCUGGAAAAUCUGUUACUUUCAGGAAUUGCCCUAGUAAUUUGGUAAUUCACUAUUCUUAUUUGCACAGGCUUUUUUUUAGAAUGACAUUGUUUUAUCCCUUUAAAGGUUCAUACUUUGGAGUAAAAUACAUAUUUAUGUAAAUAAUAUUGUUUGAUUUUUACAUCUCCUGCAGAUUGGAAAUCAAACGAAUAUCCCAUCAGAAUUCAAAUUUAUUUCAUUUGAUCCUCUUAUUUUUUUUCUAGAACAACAUGGUCUGCUAACAGAGAGGUUUGAUAUCUCUUUCCUUUAUUCUUCCCCUUAAGUUGUUCCUCGUGUCGAAUUCUGAAGAUGAUCUGCUUCGUGUUUCAAUUGUUUAGGAUAAAAAGAGAAUUAGAACUGGGUCUUGAAUAUUGGUCUUUGGAGAGGAAGCUUUGUCAAAGAUUAACCAGCAAAACGAAGGUGUCGCUUUACAUUUCUACUUGACAUUCUGUUGUUAUUAUUUUUCUAAGUCUUUAAUGUCAUUUUCUCAAGAAUGUGAUGUGCAUUGUCAGUUAGUUUCUGUCAAAACAUCGAGAGCUAUUCAAUUGCUCCACUCAGAAAACAUUUCAUUAUUCACAUGAAGUGAAAUAUAUUUGUUUUUGGCACUUGUAAAUUCUCAAUGAUUAGCAUUGUGGGAUACAUGGAAAGCAAAAUGGUCAACAACAGAAAGGAAUUCAACAACAAGAGUAAAAAGUACAUCUUAGAUCACAAAAUUGUAAAAUUGAAACAAAUAUAUGAGAACAAAUGUUGUUUCUUUUCUAUAUUAUUUUCAUUAAGGCCUUUAUUGUUUUGUUUAUUUAUAAAUGGGGAAUGAUCUACUCGAAAUCAGAGUAUAUGAAAAACGAUGUGGCAUUGCUGUGACCGUCAGUAGAACCACUGGUUCUUACAUGCUCUGAUGGUUUGAAUUUGCUUGGAAGACUUAAUAUGGUAUUAGAGGUUAUAAGCAAAUGAAUUUUUUGCAGAAAAGGCUUUCCUAUAAAAAGUAGUGUUUUAACCUAACCUAUCACAAUCAUUCCAAGUAUGCAGCUAUCCCAAUCCAUGAUUUGGCAGUGACGUUAAACAAUAUUUUAGAAAGUGUGGAGGGCCUCAAUGAUGCAGCUGAAAAUGUCUGAAAGGGUAAAGCGUAGAAGGCUCAAAUAAACUUUGUCUAGGGGUCCUAUUAGGCCAAAAACGUGCUCUCCUUUGUUAUGUUACGUAAUGAUUUAUCUUUUUUAAGACCUAUUAUCUUUUAAUAGAUUUCCUAUUAGAGUAUAACUUUUUAGGAUGGAAAAUUUCCUUUCUACCUCUUUAAUGAGUAGAAUAGUGAAAGUUUCAGCGUUGCUAAUUUCUUCCUCCAUCUUCCUUGUGAAUUCAAAGACCAUUUUUAUUCUUGCCCGAUUUCUGCUGUAUCAGGCUGUAACCUUGGUCUGGCAUGUCAGUGGCGUGUGGGAGGCAGAAUAAACUUUAUUAGGCGCUAUGGGAACCGAAGCAAUUCUGCCUGCAAAUUGUUUUCCUUUGUUACCUCAGUAACAUGGGAGCCUGGCUUGUUGCAUCUAUCAUUCGAUAAAAUGGAGCAGUAGAUAUACUGUAGCUUAUUCCAUAAGUUGUUACUUGCCAUCAAAAAUAACAUGCAAAAAAAAAAACAAUAUGAAUGCUUUACCUUAUUUGUGUAGUGGAUAGUGAAAUUUUAUUAAUGAGGAUUGGUUAAUCUUCAUUGGAAUGAAAGGAAGAAAGAGGAGGAAGAAGAAAGGGGAAGAGGCAGUGGUUAGUUCUUUUGUUCCCAGCCGCCCCAUACUUAACGUUAUAUACUUGGGUAAAAACACCAGGCAAAGUAACAUUAUAAGACUUGUACCCAAAAAAACACCAAAAUAACAUGAAUAUUCAUCUAACGAAUUCUGAACUUGGGAUAGGAAACUUUUAACAUUUUUAUUACUGGAUAAAAGAGGUUUUCCGCUUUGUAUUGAUUACUGAACAUUGGGACUAAUGUCAGGCCUGAGAACCAACAUAUUAAUGAUAGUUAUAAUGGAUUUGAUAAUUCUUUAUGAACAGAUAUAUUUUUUAUUUUCAGUUUAUACAUGCAUGACUUCAUAGAUUUCAAUGAGGCCUCCAGUAAGGCACACCACUUAGAUGUCAUCAUCCAACUGAGGCAAUAAGGUUCUAAGCCUUUGCCUUACUUUUAAUUGCUUUAGAAACUUUACUUGCAGGCAGAUAUCAAUGUAAGAGUACGAAAGCAAAACUAUGAUCCAUAUGACAGCAUUUACUUGUGUGCAAACAGGAAACAUAGAUGAAAAUGAUUGAACUAGGAUGGAACUGAAACUUAUUUAUUUCAGACUUGGACUUUCAUAUAAAAGUUUCAUAUCUCUGCCACAAUAGUUACCUUGCAGUGUGUUUCUGUGCGAUACUGAUUUGGUAUUAGUCAACAUUUUGCUAUCUAACCAACAUCAUACACAUAAUGGGAAAUAGAACCUUCAAUUUCCUCAAGUAGAUGUGUUGAAAUAUCUUCUUCCUCUAUGUACCUUUUCCUGUCUUUCUGUGAUAAUUGAACCACGAAACUCCAAUGGAAAGAAUUUUGUGUAUCUCAUAUAUUUUGGACUAACUGCGUGUAGAUUUCAUAGAAGAAGAGUAAAGGUGAAUCAGAGGAAGCUAAAAUCAAUACAGGAAAAGAACCAAGAGCGGAUGUAGUACCUGGACCAGAUAGAUGGCUAGGAGCAGAAGUAGAGGAUGGAAGGGCAAAGAAAAUGGAAAAGCUGAUGCAGAAGGAGGGCAAUACCAAAAAUAGAUAGAACGAUUGUAGAAUGAGAAAGUGAAGAAUUAGAAGCUGAAGCAGAAAGGGGAAGCUGACAUGACUCAGUAGCAGAUGGGGAAUUAAUGGCAUAUGGAGAAAAUACAAAUCGGCAAAUGAAUAAAUGAAGACUGAAGAGGAGAGUUUAUUCUUUAUAACUCUAUGUCCGAGGGGCAUAACAAUAUAAAUUCGUAAUGCCCAUUGUGAGUUUUAAAUGUUGUCUUUGGAACAUCUGAAGCUUUCAUACGAAUUGGAUAGUACCCUGACUUCAAAUUCAGCUUAGAGAAAAUACUCAUAUCAUGUAAUUCGUCAAUCAACUCAUCUACGAUAGGUAUAGGAUAUUGAUUUGGAAUUACUACCUUAUUUAAGGCUUGAUAGUUCACACAAAAUCCUUAGCCACUGUAUUUUUUCUUCACCAAUAAGAUGGGGUUUACAUAAGAGAUUUGUGAGGGCUGAAUAAAACCAGCAUUUUUGUAUCAGCUUUUCAAUUUCAUCUUUCUGGAGAUGGGAAUAAUGAUAAGGUCUUAGGUUUACGGGCCUACUACCUGGAACAAUAUUAAUUGAGCGGUCCACUUCACACUCUAGUUAUAGUCUCAAUGUGGGUGAGAAAACAGAUAGAAAUAAUUGUUUGAAAUGAGAUUCAAUUGAGGAAAUAAUGGUGGUACUCGUUGUUUCUUCUUGCAUUUGUACCUUGUUUAACUCAAGACAGAUUGGGGGCUGCUGCCUGAUGACUUUUUCUAACAGUUUUAAUGAAAGUUCUGAUUUAUAUAGCUUUGGAUCUCCCUUGAGGACUCUGAGCACCAUGUUUACUAUGAACUUUAUGGUUAUGUUUUCUCAAUUUACAUGCAUCCAUCUUGUGGAACUUAACCAUUGUAUUUCAAGUAGAACAUCAGUACUUCUUAACGUGAGUGGUAAAUUUUUUUGAGUGAUGAUUAAAUCUUAAACUUGUAGAGAGAUACUCUUACAAAUUCUAUUAUAAGGCCUCGUCAUUUCUCAUGAGAAUUUCAUAAUUCACUAUUUAUAUUAGAGGUAAUUGGAGGUGUACACAUAAUUCUGAGCAUGUGAAAUUAUUGUCGCACCUGAAUCAAUUAGGAUGGUGACAACAUGCCCUUGCAAAAUUCUUUCCAUCUUCAUAGUUCCUAUUUGAGUUAGUCCCAUCACUGAAUUCAAUGAAAGUUGUCCUGUAAAUAGUGUCCCUUCUUUUGUUGGUUGCUCCAUAUCAUCCUUAGAAUCAUAUAGAAUAGUGUCAUUAGUUUUUUAGUCAUCUUCAUGAACUAUUAGAAUUUGGAGUUGUUUCUCGCAGUGAUGUCCUAGAUCAAAUUUUUCUUUCUAAUAUUAGAAUCUGUUUAGUGACGAUUUGUUUAAUCUGAAGAAUCUUUCAGUACAUCUCAUCUAGCCUUCAUGAUUUUUUUCAUGAAAUACUGAUAUUUUCCGUUUUGUGGUGAAUUGAAUGAUAUUGUGACCUGUUGUAGGUUUGUUUGGAACAGAUUCCUUUGGGUGAAUAAGAGAUUGUACCUCAGCUCGUUGUUCUGUCUAUUCUUGAUGGAAUGAUGAUAUCGGCUGUAGAUUAGGAGUCUCCUUUGUCUCUAGGAAUCCAAUCGAGCACCUACUGUCGGCUGGAAUUGUUGCAUGUUUUUUAGGAGUUGGUGCAUCAGAUCUGUAGAUAUCUCUAGUGAUUUUUGCAUAUCUUCGGCCAUCUUUUGUUGAUCCGCCCAUAGGUUCUCGUUGUCUGCUUCUAGGGCUUCAAAACAAACAUUAGCUAUCUUUGGAGCCAUGAUGCUUUCGGCCACAAGACUAUGGCUCUGAUACCAAUGAUACAAUCCUCCUUGGAAGGAUUGGAUCUUAGUGAAUCUGAAGAGAAACAAUUGUAUUGAUUCACGAAAUCAGGAGAAUGUUGUAUGAUAGAAUGUCGGGAUGACAGUUCUAUCGAGAUACAAGAAAAAAAAGAGAGAAAGAAGAGUAAAAGGGGUAGGGAAUGAAUUCGAGAGGAUUCCCCUACCUCUCCUGGUUCUGACUGUUCUCCCCCUGAUAUGACCCCCUGAGCUAUGUUUAUAGUCCUCACAUGUGCUGUGCACGUGUCCCCUUCUUACACCUAUAUGUCAGUAAUGGGGUUGUAUCAGAAUGUAGGACAACCUUGAAUUUGCUUGAGUGGUUGAGGAUCUUGGUUACAAGCUUGAGAAAGAGAUCAUAUUCUGAUUGGAAAGAGAGGCCAAAAAUGAGUCUAAAUGAGGGAAGAUUACCUCUUUUACUUGAUCCCUUAUUUAUCAUCAAUAGGAUUGGACCUUGGGGAUCUGGAGGAGAGUAGUGUCAAUAAGAUUGGACCUUGGGGACGCUUGUCUCAUGCUGUUGAAGAGCAUGAGACAAGCGUUUUUUGUCUGCUGGUGAUGACACCAUCAGACCUGGAUGAGCCUGAGUCAAUUACGACAGUCUCCUCUUUUAUUGGACUCGUACCAUAAGCAUGGAAGAGAUACAAUUGUAGAGAUAGAAGCUAUCCCCUUUGAAUCUGUGAUAAUAUCCCGUAAAUAUUAUAGGCAGGAAGAAGAGGAGAAAUGCACAGAAAACCUAGAGUGGUUGUGCUGGAUGGAGAUUUUUUGCCUCAGAUUCAACUCUUCAAGCUUUGUGAAACCAAUAUGCAUAUGUAAUAUUCUACAAGUAGCCUAGUACGAUAGUGGGCUUGAGUGGGUAAUGUACAGUGGUCCCUUCCUCACAACACCAUGAAGAGAGAAUAGCAAGAUAAAGGAGUAAGAAAAGAUAGAAGAGAAAUUGUCCUGUGUUAGUUUGGUAGCUAGGUAUCAGCGGUAACGUUUGGUAACUUGCUCCUUUUUUUUUAUUUCUAAUUUAUUUUAAAUGUUUAGUACUACCCAAAUUCCGUUUGGAAAUGAUCAUUUUCCAUCUUUCAUGUUGUUUUCCUUGCCCUGAUUCUCUUUUCUGUACUUCUAUGUUGGAUUUUGCCACUAGCAAAUCCUUUCUUUUCAUAGUUUACCCACUUCUUUCUCGAGUUGACAUUGUAUCUCAAAUGGCCAAAUCUGAGCAUAUCACUGCAUUGCUUUGUUGAAGUUUCUGCUUUCCAUUGUAUUUUUGUUCUUCUCUUUCAAUGUAAGUUCACCGGAGUGCGUGAUUUAUCUAUUUUUGUAGAUUUUACUUGAAGAUGUAAUGAAAGCGAUGCGUCUAAAAUCUUUUGAUUAUCGGGUUCUUCAUCUUCUUUUGUAUCAAUUGAGGGAUGAGCAGGUACCUACUUUCUUUGACUUUUGACUUUCAAUGUUUGUACUUAUUUUGAUAGUCUUGGUGAUUUCAAAUAUUUUGCCUGAAUACGAUGGUCAUUGAUUUCAUGGGCAUGCACUUGAACUGCGUGGUCGAAUGUUCACUUGACAUUACUAAACUGAAAUUAUUUUCAUUGUUUACUAUUGAACACUAAUAUUCUGCUGAUUGUUGAGAAAAAUAUGCUACCUUUGGGUGCAACCCUCAUUAAGAAAUAUAUUAUUUUAUGAUUAAGAAAAAUAUGCAUUGGGGCUUUCCCACCAUCUAGGCCUUCUAAAGCUCCUCUCUGGCCAUGCCCCUUGACAUCAGUAACUAAAUUGGUCAUUAGUGUGAUUAUGCACUUCCCAAUGGUGCUAUGUUCUUGGACUGCUGCCGCAUUUGCAAAGGCAUGUGGGCCAAGCCGAACUUCUGCCACUACAGGAAUUUUUUUUUCUUGUAUUUUUGUUGUUUUGAAAGUUUUCUCGUCUCAACCAUCCAUUUAAAUCCUUCGCACUAACAUAUUUAGAUUUUCAUCAAUGUUUUGAUUCUCCAUGUCAUUCCAUAAUAUUAAACGUGUUUCGCCCAUGAUAUCAUUUAUGUGAUUUCGUUGUUGCAUUUAGAUACUGUUUUCGCUAGUUAAAAUACAAAUGUAUGAUUUAUUUUAUUAGCUUUUGAAUUGUAGGAUGGACUGAUGCUGUGUUUAAUUCUAAAGAUGUAUGCUGUGAAUGUUCAAUGGCUAAUAGCCCACUUAUAGUUUUCCUACAGAUGGUAACUGCAAUCCAGAAUCUGAUAGUUGUCAUUGGUGGGAAUGGGAAAUAAAAUGCUUCUCUCAAGAUGACUUUCUUAGUGGAGCUUUUAUCUCAGAUUAUCUGGAUGAAUUCGAUGACUCCUCUAAAUUGGAUUGCUAGUUUGAUAGCGUGCAACUACAUGUUAUCGAGUAUAUUUUACAUAAAAGGUAGAAAGAUGGAACUAUGGCAAUGAGAACGACAAUUCUAUAUAGAUUUUUUUUUCUUUUUCUAUUAAUAAUGGUAGUACCCUUCCUAUUUUAUUCUAUAAAUCUGUAGCUGUUAGCCUCCUUUUUCCAGAGAGAUAGUUGCUCUGGUAAUCAAGAGUAUCUCCUAAUGGUCUCAUGGACUGUUAUCCUGUUUCUUUUUUACCCUAUUACUCAUAACAUAUCUUAAAAAUCCGAAACCAUGUGAUCUUUCUGAGUUGAUUGGGGAUGAUUGUCUCUAACGGUCCACCUAGUAUGCCGAUGUUGGUCACUUUUGAUGUUGGCUGAUAUGUCGACAUUCCACACUCGCUGGAAGGAUCUCGAUCUCUCUUUGGCAUAUACAGUAUGUUGACUUAGUUAGGGUUGGAUUGAACGUGGGAAAGUCGUCAUAUCUUCCCUAACCUCAAUAUCUGACCACGAUUACCGAUCUGGAUCUGGUGUGGGGAACCAUUCAUGUACUUUCAUAGAAACCUAUGCAUCUGAAUUACGAAAAUCUGUCACACGUGUUUUCUGGCUAUAUUAUGUAUGCUGUCUGUUGUAAUGCAUGUAUCUUAUGAAAACUGAUACAACAAAAUACUUUAAACACCCGUCUGUUCCAUAACUGAAUAGGCCUCCCUCAAGUUUCAGAUUCUGUAAAACAAAAGCCAGCUACUUACUGUGCGUUUCUUUACAUUGGUGUGUUGAUCAGUAAUCAAGUAUGCUUGCUAUUUGGUAUAGUUCACUUUUUCCCCACUGGAAGGCUUUUUACCAAUUCGAAGGACGAGGAUUGGAGAACAUUGCUCAUUGACAGUCCGCAUUUUAUGAAUGGUUUCCCCAUGAACUAGUAUCGAUGCUAUUAUAAAUCCCACUGCACCGGAGGACUAAGUAGAAUUGUUGUCUUUCAUAGAUGACAGGCUUUCCUCAGAUUUCCUUAUAUGCUAUCAGUCAAGUACCUUCGAUAAUCUCACAUAAUUGCUGUUAGGAUUAAUAAAAAAGCAUAAGCAUUUGCUGAAUUUGCAGGUAAUUCAUGCUGUAACAAAAAUACUUUGAAAUCGCACUCUACUUCAGUAACAAAGUUUGAAAAGAAAUGAUUUUAUAUUCUAGAAAAAUUUAACUAGCUCAUUGACUGGAAAAUAUUUUGAUCAAAACAAUGAUAAAUAUAUUAAGAUAGACACUUCAAAUUUAAUGAAUUUCGUUCACUCUCUUUCGCUGGGCCAAUUUUCUUGACUAAUGUGGUGUCGGAAGCUGCUGCUGACAGCUGAGAGAGACUUAUCCAAGAAAAAUAAAAGGAAGAAAAAAGCUACUACUAGCCGUUUUGACAUUUCCUCUGUUUUUCUUUCUUUUUUUGUCCUUCAUCUCCACAUUUCCUCUUCCUUGACUCCACCCAUACAUAACCUUUGCUGCAAAGUUUUCUGUAGUGGACUAGUGACCUCUAAAAAGGUCUUGAUCCGAUUGAAACUCCUAGAACAAUUUAGAAUCAAUCCUAUAAUAUUUGAUAGUAUAAAAUGUAAUUGAAUUGAAUUGAUAUUAUUUGAUGUGAUUUGUUGGAAAUUUGAAGUCAUAAAAAAAUACUGUAAAAGACUGAGGGUAUUCUGGGACAAUUAUUUAGCGUUCCUCCCUAUAUAAGUUUGUUAGAGGUGAAUGAAUCUUGAGGUAGUCCGCUGUUCUACCCUCUGUCCUCCAUGACAUAGGUCAUUCUCCUCGUACUUAUGUUUUCUCAACAUAGUAUGAGAGCCAAGUCAGGGUUUCAAACUCUUCUUUGGCAUCAUUGCAGGUUGACGCCACUGUUGCCAAUGUCCUCCACCACCAUCUGUUGGAGCUAUUGGCCUCAUGCUUCUUUCUAGUGAGGCCUUCCACCUCUGUCAAAUAUCUUUCCAGCAAUGGUUCCCACCUCUGCUAUGCUACUUUUUGGUGAGGUCUUCCACCUCUACUAAGUAUCUUUUUGGUGAGGGUUUUUACUUAUGCCAUGCUACUUUUCAGUGAGGUCUUCUACUUCUGUUGAGUUUCUUUCUGGCAAGGUCUUCCAUCUCUAUCAAGUAUCUUUCUGGCAUCAUUCUUAUGUAGUCAUCUAUGAAGUGUUGUCUCAAUCUAGUGUUUGUCCUCCUUAGUCCGUCUCCCUCUGUUCUACAUCAAUCUGACAUCCUCCCUAGUCAAGCGACCAGAGUCUCCUGUAAUCCACAUUACUACCAUCCGUGUUGUUUGACAUUGCCUUCCUCCAUCUAGUGUUGUCCCUCCUCUGUCCAACAUGAUUCUCUGUCCAACGCCAUCUUGAAUGUGCCAAGGUCAUCUCGCAUCGUUUGAUACCAUCUUGCACAGUCCUGUGCAGUCUGGCACUAUUUUGUGUAGUUUGGCAUUAAAAGGCAUCAUUGUCUUAUGAAUCAGUUUGUAUUAUCACAACACAGUAAAAGAGGAGCUUUUUGAGACCAUCACCAGGGGAGUUGUUUGGACAAUAGAUUGUCGUCGUUAUAGGCUCACUUUCCAACAAGUGAAUGCUCAUCGUUCACUUGUUGAGCUUUUCUAAAGUUCAAAAUGAACUUUUCUAAAGUUCAUCCUUGAGGGAGAGUCUUGGAAGUUUAAAGUCAUAAAGAAAUAUUGUAAAAGAUUGAGGGUAUUUUGGGACAGUUGUCUAAGGUUCCUCCUUAUAUAAGAGGUAUUAGAGGUGAACGAAUCUUGAGGUAGUUGUCCACUGUUCUCCCCUCUGUCCUCUGUAACAAAGGUCAUUCUCUUCGUACCUUUGUUUUCCAACAUGAUUCAACUUUUUUGGUUUCCAUCUAAGACCCAAGCUAGCGAACCCUGUUCUGCUUGUAUCACCUCAAUAAAUCCAACAAUCACGGAAGCCUUUCUUUCGACCAACUUGAUUGACAGAAAAUUUUGAAGAUCUAUAGGAAUGAAUUAAUAUUGGCGAGGUAACUGUGACGCCUUUGUGGAAGAUAAAAAGGGUGUCAAACAUCUUCAGAUCAUAGGAUCCAGAAUUGGAAGUAAUCUUGGCUGACUGGUAGGAUGGGGCUUUCAGGGAUGAUAAUGAGGUUAGAUCUAUGCUUUAACAUGAAAAAGUAUGUUUAUGCUUUGGCUGAUUUUAUUUCUUUGAAGAAAUUAUCCUAACCAACUCCUCUAAUAGCUUGUUAACUCUGCAUGCUUCAUUCUCAAUGUCUUUUCAUGAUGGUUGAGUAAGAUUUAUUUAAAUUGGUAGUCUGAUGGCUUAUCCUGAUAAAAAAAGUUCAGUCAUAUUGUAAGUAUUUCCUGUCGUCCAACAUUUGAGCAAUUUCAGAUGUAACUGUAAUUUAAAGAAACACUACGUCAAAUAACCUCUUUAUGAAGGCCCAUCUAAUUAUUCUUUGAUUUGCUAUAAAAUGUGCCGAGGAAGAGUAGACUUGGUUGACAUUUUAACUGGUUCUGUUGUUUCAAAAUUUUUAAUACCACACUCUAUUUGUCAUAAAUACUUUCUUUUCUCGAUAAAGCCUCUUUCUUUCAUGGAUGGCAGCAACCGACCAUGUUUUAAACCUUUGAAUUUGUUGUUUAAUCUAUGCCCUAACCAUAUUAUUCUAUGCCUUUCAUCCAUGUAAAUCCAUCUUUUCUAUUGUGCCACAUGUAUUACAAUACCGAUGAACUAUUGUGACUUAAUAUACUAUGUAUUAAAUAAUUUUUCUCUAUUCAAUUUUGGUUAAUUACUGCCAUUUCACGCCAUUCUCAAGCCUGAAUUCAAAAUUAUGAUGUUGACUAUGCGAUCUUGUUUACUAUUGGUUGUGGGAGAUAAAAAUGUAUACACCUUUUGGAAAUAUGUGGUUCAGAAUCUUGGUCUAGAGGAUUUUCCACCUCCCACUUUCACACAAGCUCAUAAAACUUAUUAUGUUUGGUUUGACUGGACACAUUGAGUUGUAACGAUGAUUGCUUCGUGACAGUUACUUAUUUUCGUUUUCUGAAGGUUAAUGAGUUGCAUAUGGAGUUCCUUUCGGUAUCCGAGUUCUUGGUUGAAAUAUCAGAUGAUCUGUGAGUUUUUUCUAUUUACACUUUCGUAUAUUUUGUGAAAACAUGCUGUCAAGUAUCUGCGUUUCUAACUGAUUUGCAGAGAAAUACAGUUCUUGCGUGACCAGAAAUAAAGAUGAUUGCCUUUGUGGAAUGAAAUAAGUCUUGCAAAAUAAAAUGUUAUAUGAUCACGAAAUGCACAACAAAAGAGGUUUAACAUAAAACCAGAUCAAGAACGCACAUCAAAGAUUCAACUUGAAAUGGUUGCUUCUAGUCCAAACAUAGCAUAUUCUUCCAGAUAAACCAACUAGGGAUAAUGUAGUUUCCUUUCCAUACGAGUUCUGCACAAUUUCACAAGAUGAAGACAGCUACAAUCAUCCAAGGAAUUCCAUUUUGGACCUUAAUAGUUGCCUAGCAGUUCAAAGAAGCGAAUUUUGGAGUGUGGACAAUUUGAAUAUUUGAUCUUCUCCAAAAGGAGGAUUUCCAAGAUGAAUAAAUGAUGCUCUUGCAUCUUUCAGUUUCAUUCUAUCCACCACCCUUGUUCCUGUAGACUAUCUGCAUCGCCCGGCCAUUUUGUGUAGUCAGGCUUAUCUCACGUCUACUAGUUUCUCUUUCUUCACCUUCUUAACUCACUCCUGUCCUCUUCCAUUUUUCCGUUCUCACCCCUGUUAUCUACAUUUUCAUUCACUGGUCUGUAUUUAUUCGAGAAAGAACCUUAAGUAGAAUAAUUAUCAGCCAUUUAGCCUCAUAUAAUUACAUGGUUUACCAACGUGUGAAAUAAAUAUUUGCGAUCAAUCUUAUCUUAAUGUGCCAAUGUUGAGCCCUUGGACAAAACUGACCGCCUAAUUUGUGGCACUUCGCAGACAUCCACAUAACAUACUCUUGAUGGAUAUGCCAAGUGCAUUAAUUUUUAUAUAUCCGUCUUCAGUGUCUUGUCCUCUCCAGUCACAAUUGCUUAGUUUAUGAUAAAUUUCAUAUGACAUAUUUUAUUCCCUUUGUGGUUGGAUAAGAUGAAUGAAGUGUUUUUUUUCCUCCUUGCUUUGACAAUAAAACAAGCAUGGAUAUGCUGGAUGAAUGGCAUGCGUUCCGAUGAUGCAGCUACGAUUAUGAGGUAUUUCUUUCUCUUUAUUUCCUUAAUAUUGGAUGUUGGAACAAUAUGUAGCAUCCAUCUAUCAGAUUUAACACAUUCCAAUCGCUUCCUACCUGCGACAGUUAUUGACUGCUCAUUUAGUAGGGAAUGUGCUCAUUUAGUGUCAUUGACUGCUCAUUGACUGCAACAGUUAUUUGAUCAAGAACCAAGGUUAAACUUGUUUGUUCAUUGGCUUAAUAUGACUAAUCAUCUCUCUGGAAUGUGAUUAUUCUAGGAUGAUGUGAUUGAAAAUAGCUUCAAUAUAUUGCGGAUGUUUGCUAAAUUAUAUGGACCUCAAAUGGCACCAAGCAUGCUGGUAAGUUAAGCUGUGCAACUUAUACCUAGCUACACACUGUACACUCUUCCUGGUCUACCUAGCUAAAGUUUAUUUUCUUUGCUGGUAGGCAAAAUGCAUUUCCGAAUUGGAGGACCAAUAUGAACGUCUAUUGAGGGAAUUGGACUCUGAUCUAUCAGCAAAAUAUCAGAGAAGAUGUGAAGAAGCAACAAUUGAAGGUCGCAAUUCUGUCUGUGUUUCAAUUAAUUGUGUAGAUAUAUAUUGCUAGCCCCAUAUCUUGACCGAUCAUAUCUGCAAUUUUAGGGGGGAAGACAUCAGGGUAUACUAUUGGAACAUGGAACAUACCCUCUAUCAUUGCAGACGAGGACUCCUACCGAUCCCAGAUUAUGAACUCAAAUGUUUCAGCACAACUAAAUUGA